UGUGUGGACUGGACUGGCGAAAGGAAGGAGGAAGGAGGCAGCAGCCAGCCUACCUUUGAAAAUCGUAAGAAAUGGGAAGGAAAAUCAAUCAAUCAAAACCCAAGCCAACAAACAAACCUCAAUUCUCUCGCUCUCUCUCUCUCAAACCCUCACCCCACUCUUUCUCUCUCUAGACACCUCUCUCUCUCUUCAUUGAUCUGUCGCCUUUAUCUCUCCUCGGAGCUGAGCAGCUGAGCUCCGCUUGCUUCCUCUUCAUGGAUCUGCUCAACCUCAGCUCGCCGCCUAACGAUCUCCGCUAAUCCCCAGUAGUCCCAUCGACCUCAUCGGCAGCGCGAUUCUCUCACCUCCGAACCAGAGAGCCGAGAGAGAGAGAGAGAGAGAGAGAGAGCUGCGGAUGAAGGUCCCCUGCUGCUCGGUGUGCCAGACCCGGUACAACGAGGAGGAGAGAGUCCCGCUUCUCCUCCAAUGCGGCCACGGCUUCUGCAGGGAGUGCCUCUCCCGGAUGUUCGCUGCAUCGGUCGACAACACCCUCGCCUGCCCCCGCUGCCGCCAUGUGUCGGUCGUUGGGAACUCCGUCCAGGCCCUCCGCAAGAACUACCCCGUCCUCGCGCUCAUCAACUCCAACUCCUCUGCUAAUUUCGAUGUCGAUUUCACUGAUGAUGAUGACGCGGACGAGGAUGACGAGGGAGACGAGGAUUUGCGGCCCAGGCGCGGGUCCCAGGCAUCGAGCUCAGGUUGUGGGCCGGUAAUGGAGCUAGGUGCACACCCUGAGAUGAAACUUGUGAGGAAGAUUGGGGAGGGAAGGAGGUCCGGUGUGGAAGUCUGGGCGGGAGUGAUUGGCGGUGGAGGGGGACGGUGCAAGCACCGUGUUGCAGUGAAGAAGGUGACAAUCGGGGAGGAUUCUUCAAUGGACAUUGACUGGAUGCAUAACCAGCUCGAGCUUUUGCGGCGCAGUUCAAUGUGGUGUAGAAAUGUGUGCACUUUUCACGGGGCCGUGAGAAAUGAUGAUGGGAGCUUGUCUGUUGUCAUGGACAGGUGUUAUGGGUCAGUCCAGUCAGAAAUGCAGCGGAAUGAGGGCAGACUUACUCUGGAGCAAAUACUAAGAUAUGGGGCCGACAUUGCACGGGGCGUGGCUGAGCUCCAUGCAGCAGGAAUCGUUUGCAUGAAUCUAAAGCCAUCCAACCUUCUGUUGGAUGAAAAUGGCCAUGCUGUGGUUUCUGACUAUGGAUUGGCAUCUAUUUUAAAGAAACCUGCUUGCAGAAAAGCUCGAAAGGAAUGCGAUUCCACUAGAAUCCAUUCAUGCAUGGAUUGCACGAUGCUCAGUCCGCAAUAUGCUGCACCAGAGGCGUGGGAGCCUGUGAAGAAGGCAUUGAAAUUCUGGGAUGAUGCCAUCGGAAUUUCUGUAGAAUCGGAUGCAUGGAGUUUUGGUUGCACAUUGGUGGAAAUGUGUACUGGUUCCGCACCUUGGUCCGGUCUCAGUGCAGAGGAAAUCUACCGGGCCGUUGUCAAGGCUGGGAGGUUGCCCCCACAAUAUGCAAGUGUUGUUGGUGUUGGGAUACCUAGAGAUUUGUGGCAGAUGAUUGGUGACUGCCUUCAAUUUAAGGCAGCGAGAAGACCUUCAUUCAGUACAAUGCUGGCGACUUUCAUGCGACAUUUGCAAGAAAUACCACGCAGUCCUCCAGCAAGCCCUGAAAAUGUAUAUAACUGCAGUGACGUAAUCAAAUGUCCUGGAUCAGCCGCAAUUGACGCCCAUGCUUCUGUUCAGGAGGUAGUUCAUGAUACUCCAAAGCUUCUGCAUAGGCUUGUCUUAGAGGGCAAUGAAGGCGGUGUUCGGAAUCUGCUCACCAUGGCAGCAUCAGGAAAGAUCAACACUUCUGUAGCUUCACUUUUAGCAUCUCAGAAUGCCGAUGGUCAAACUGCCCUUCACUUGGCAUGUAGACGUGGUAGUGCCGAAUUAGUUGAGGCUAUAUUGGAGCACAGAGAGGCUAAUGUUGAUGUUUUGGAUAAGGAUCGCGACCCACCUCUUGUUUUUGCUCUAGCAGCUGGAUCCCCAGAAUGUGUCCGCUCACUCAUUAGAAGAAAUGCAGAUGUUAGAUCAAGAUUGAGGGAUGGAUUUGGGCCGUCUGUGGCUCAUGUAUGUGCUUAUCACGGUCAACCUGAUUGCAUGCGUGAAUUACUAUUGGCUGGAGCUGAUCCCAAUGCUAUUGACGACGAAGGUGAAUCUGUGCUGCAUAGAGCUGUUACCAAGAAAUAUACAGUCUGCGCUAUUGUCAUAUUGGAGAAUGGAGGCUGCCAAUCAAUGUCUGUUAGGAAUUCAAAAGAUAUGACACCAUUACACUUGUGUGUGACGACAUACAAUGUCGCUUUGGUCAGACGUUGGGUCGAAGUUGCAACCCCUGAAGACAUUGCAAAUGCAAUCGAUAUCCCAAGCCCAAUUGGGACUGCUUUAUGCAUGGCAGCUGCCUUGAAGAAAGACCAUGAAAUUGAGGGAAGAGAGCUUGUGCGAAUAUUGCUAGGUGCUGGAGCAGAUCCAACUGCUGAAGAUUCUAAUGGACAAACAGCUCUGCAUGCAGCUGCAAUGGCCAAUGAUGUUGAGUUGAUCAAGAUCAUUCUUGCUGCUGGUGUGGAUGUGAAUAUCUGCAACGUGCACAAGGCAAUACCUCUUCAUGUAGCUCUGCUGCGAGGCGCAAAUGCCUGUGUGGAGUUACUGCUAUCGUCUGGGGCGGAUUGUAAUUUGCAGGAUGAUGAAGGCGACAAUGCAUUCCAUCUUGCUGCGGAAUCUGCAAAAAUGAUACGAGAAAAUCUGGAGUGGUUAAUGAUAAUGCUUAGACACCCAGAUGCUGCUGUUGAAGCACGUAAUCUCAGUGGCAAGAUGUUGCGGGAUUUCUUGGAGGCACUUCCUCGAGAGUGGAUUUCUGAAGAUCUGAUGGAAGCUCUUGUCAAUAGAGGAGUUCAUCUGUCUCCUACUGUCUAUGAAGUGGGAGAUUGGGUGAAGUUCAAAAGAAGUGUCACGAAUCCUGCUUAUGGAUGGCAAGGAGCAAAUCACAAGAGUGUUGGCUUUGUCCAAAAUGUUGGAGAUGGGGAUGGCAUGAGCGUGUCUUUCUGCUCUGGAGAAGCUUGUGUAAUGGCAAGCGAAGUUGUAAAAGUGAUACCACUGGACAGAGGCCAGCAUGUAAAACUUCGAGAUGACGUUAGAGAGCCGAGGUUUGGAUGGCGUGGUCAGUCACGUGACAGCAUUGGAACUGUCCUAUGUGUUGAUGAUGAUGGGAUUCUGCGUGUUGGGUUUCCUGGAGCAUCCAGAGGAUGGAAAGCUGAUCCUGCCGAAAUGGAGAGGGUUGAAGAAUUCAAGAUUGGGGAUUGGGUUCGAAUUCGCCCUACUCUCACAACAGCGAAGCAUGGACUUGGUUUGGUAACUCCAGGCAGCAUUGGUAUAGUCUAUUGUAUCAGACCAGAUAGUAGUCUGAUGCUGGAAAUAAGCUAUCUUAACCAUCGGUGGCAUUGUGAGCCCGAGGAGGUUGAGCAUGUUGUCCCGUUCAAGAUUGGUGAUCGUGUUUGCGUGAAACGUUCUGUCGCGGAACCUAGAUAUGCUUGGGGUGGUGAGACUCAUCACAGUGUUGGGAAAAUUACUGAAAUAGAGAGCGAUGGUCUCCUGAUAAUCGAAAUACCUACUCGCAGUAUACCGUGGAAGGCUGAUCCUUCUGACAUGGAGAAAGUUGAGGAUUUCAAGGUGGGAGACUGGGUUCGUGUGAAAGCAACUGUGUCAUCACCAAAAUAUGGGUGGGAGGACAUCACAAGGAAUAGCAUUGGAAUAGUUCACAGCUUGGAGGAGGAUGGCGACAUGGGAAUUGGGUUCUGCUUCCGGAGCAAGCCAUUCUGUUGCUCUGUCACAGAUGUUGAGAAGGUUCCACCUUUUGAAGUGGGGCAAGAGAUCCGCAUGAAGCCAGCUGUUACGCAACCUCGGCUUGGGUGGUCUAAUGAAACUCCUGCUACCAUAGGGAAAAUUGCAAGGAUAGACAUGGAUGGAGCUUUGAAUGUUAAGGUGGCUGGAAGGCAAAGCUUGUGGAAGGUUUCUCCUGGAGAUGCUGAACAACUUCCAGGAUUUGAGGUUGGUGACUGGGUACGCUCGAAGCCUAGUCUCGGGACAAGGCCAAGUUACGACUGGAACAGCAUUGGGAAGGAAGGCCUAGCGGUGGUGCACAGUGUGCAAGAGUCAGGUCACCUAGAACUAGCCUGCUGCUUCCGCAAGGGGAAGUGGAACACUCACUACACGGACGUUGAGAAGGUACCGAGUUUCAAAGUGGGGCAGCAUGUCCGCUUCCGAGCUGAACUUGCUGAGCCCAGAUGGGGCUGGAGAGGGGCCCGGCCUGAUUCACGAGGAGUCGUAACUAGCGUCCACGCUGAUGGAGAACUGAGGGUGGCAUUUUAUGGUCUGCCCGGUCUAUGGAGGGCUGAUCCUGCAGAUCUCGAGAUAGAGCCAGUAUAUGAAGUCGGGGAGUGGGUGAGACUGAGGAAGAAUGCAAACAGUUGGAAGUCCAUUGGGCCGGGAAGUGUUGGAAUCGUACAAGGGUUGGGGUACGAGGGAGACGAAUGGGAUGGGACCACAUUUGUAGGGUUCUGCGGGGAGCAGGAGAGGUGGGUGGGGCCCAUUUCGCUUCUGGAGAGGGUGGAUAGGCUAGCGGUUGGGCAGAAGGUGAGAGUGAAGAUGUCAGUGAAGCAACCGAGGUUUGGGUGGUCAGGGCACAGUCACUCGAGCAUCGGGACUAUCUCAUCCAUCGAUGCCGAUGGUAAGCUGAGAAUAUAUACUCCAGCAGGCUCGAAAGUUUGGAUGCUGGACCCAUCAGAAGUAGAUCUCGUGGAAGAAGAGGAGUUUCGAAUCGGAGACUGGGUAAAGGUUAAGGCAUCAGUAUCAAGCCCUAUCCACCAGUGGGGAGAGGUGAGCCACUCGAGCAUCGGAGUCGUGCACCGGAUGGAAGACUCUGACCUCUGGGUGGCCUUCUGCUUCAUGGACAAGCUUUGGCUUUGCAAGACAUUCGAGAUGGAGAAGGUAAGGGCCUUCAGGGUGGGAGAUCGGGUUAAGAUCAGGGACGGGCUAGUGGCCCCACGGUGGGGCUGGGGAAUGGAGACCCACGCCAGCACAGGGCAGGUGGUGGGAGUGGAUGCUAACGGGAAGCUGAGGAUUAAGUUCCAGUGGAGGGAAGGCAGGCCGUGGAUUGGAGAUCCUGCCGAUAUUGCUCUCGAUGAUUGCUCAUCCUAGCGGCUUUCAAGUUCGUUCUCUACGGGAUUCGCUGCUGUUUGUACUGUUCAUGCUGGGUUCAUCAGCGAGGGGGGGUCACAUAAAACAUUCAUGGCUCUGGAUGCCGCUGACACAAUUGUUAAUUUCACUUGCUGCGGGGGCCAGUAAGUCGGGAGUUGAUAAUUCGGAUGGAGAAGCUGCUGCAGGAUGGUUCCGGUGACAGUAUUUGUAGCUGUAGCUGUUGUAGAUUUGUCAUUAUUGAGCUUUUGAGGUAAAUAAUAUUCCGAUUUCAUUUUUCACCAUUGUAUUGUGUUUUUGUAUUAUAAAAAUUAUAAAAACCGCCGUUAUAUGUGCUUGAGGUAUCAAAAUUUUGGGUUUUUCGAAA